UAGUUGGGAGCCUGAGGCUCCGGCUGCUGUUGCUGGAGGGGAAUGAAUGGGGCUCCCGCGGUCUCCUCGCACGUUGUGUUGAGGCUCAUCGGGUCCUUCCCCCACCCGCCCCCUUUGCUCAUUCAGAUCAGUGGGACCUACUUCCAAAUAUUUAGAUGUUUGUCACUAGUGACGAUUGGCUGGACUAAUGCCAGGACUGGAUUCAGUGGACCUUACUUCUUGAACAUCUAUAGGAAUUGGCAGCUAAAGAAGAUUGGAAAAAUGCUGCUCAGGUCAAAUGCUGCAUUAAACAGAAGAAUCAUCCUGAUGAAAAGCAGGAGACUAACUCAUGGUCUUCUUGCAGUGGAUGUAUUUUAAGGAAAUAUGUUGAUGGAUCAGCAAGAGAAGUUGUUGUCAUAUAAUGGGGAACUCCUGAUUUUCCAGCUGUCAAAACUGAAAUCCACACAGGGCGGCAGUACAAAAGUGAUGAAAUUGCACGUCAGGAGAAUGUCAUUUGACAGUUGUACUAAACAGUUUAUUGAGACGUCCACCGGGUCAUUUAGCGAUUGUGAGGAUGGUGUGGAAAUGAUUCAUUGCAGCUGUGGAUCUGACUUCAGAACAGGAAUCCUUCACCCUUGUGUUCUAUUGAAGAAGAAGACAAAGAAGAACACAAAAUAUACUUUACUCUUGCUUCAUAACAGUAACAAAUUUGAGCUGGUUCUGCAUUUUAAAUUGGAUUAUGAACUGAAAGAACCCAUAAAGUUGCUUUCUGGCCCAACGGUUUUAUGGAGCCAUGCAAAAAGCCUGUUUCACAUUUCUCCCCAAACUUGCACUGUUUUGUGUGCCCCUGUUCAGCUUUGUUCCAUCCAAUGGGCGGGUGAGAUUAAGGGCGAGGGUGCUGUUGUUCUGGGAACCAAAGCUGCUUGUUUGACAGAGAGAGGCAAUGGGCAAAGUGUCCCCAAAUCAGAUGCAUUCAUCUGGGGCACUGAGUGCUUUGCCUAUGCAGUGGAGAAACAGCAAGUGCUAACAAGGGCCAAUUUUGUUCCUCAUGCUUAUGGCGGCAUGGUAUCGUGUGUGCACGUUUGCGAAGUCGGUGCCGUGGGAAGCAAGUUCAGGACGUCAGUUGUCGUAGUCACAUGCAAAAGCCAAGUCAUCAUUUUCCAAGAUGGUCUGCCAAAAGACAUUCACCAGCUUCCAUAUGAGAAUCCUUGUUCUAUACAGGUAGCAGCAGUGGAAGGAAACAGCCAGUUGCUAGUUGUAACCUUUGCUUCAGGAGAUGUGUGUGCACUAUGGAAGCGUAAUUUACAGGUGGUUUCUUCCUGGAAAAAUGUGAGGUCUGUUCUAGUAGAUGAUUUUGCUGGCAUUGGAACAGAACAAAUCUUAGUUCUUCUAAAGACUGACUCCAUUUCGGAAAGUUUAAAUACAUUUCAAAUAUCAAAUUUUGGAAAUGUUCACCAUGUGAAUAACAUAAGCUAUGAAGAUGACUCACAUUCUACACAAGAGCUACAAAAGAACCACUUCCUUACUAUCAAAGGACUUGAAGCAAGAUUGCAGGCUGGCUUUGCUUCUGUUCAAGAGCUACAGCAGCAUUUACGGCUCAAAGAAAAGGUUCUGGUGGAAAGUUGUGGAGCAUUGAUUGACCUAGUUCAAGACCAAAAACACAGUCUUCCAAGUGCGGAAAAGGCAGGUCUUGUUUCCCUCUGGGAUGAAACGUUGGAUAAUGGCACAUCAACUCCAUCUAUAGACAAAGAGCAGCUUGUACAGGAGGUUUGGUACCGUGUGGUGGACGACAACUUAGUAGUUGGAGUAAAACUAAUGGACACAUAUGACUUGCUGCUCAGUGACGUCCGUUUAUCUUUGGUAAUGGGUCGGAAAUGCCCUUCGGCUUUUCCAGCUAAGUGCCGCUGCAGCAUAGUUGCAUUGAAGAAAGCUGCGCUGGCAGAAUCCGCAUCCCAUUGGCAUCAGGGGCCGCUGCUUAAAAGGAUCAAGCUGGAUUGCCAUAAUGGGAAGGAGGGCAAUGGGGAACCUUCUCAGGUGAAGGCGGAUAGGACAAAAACCUUCACUGCAGUUACCCAGCUGUCCCCUUUCUUAGCAUUGCACGAAGUAGGCUGCGUGGUACUGUUACACGCCACGAAGAGGAGCUGCAGAGACGGCGAAAGUCUGCAGAGAAGCAAAAAGAUGACUUUCUUAUGUGGGAAGAUUUUAUUAAGUCUGGCUGAGAUUUCUGCUGAAAAACAUUCGAUAAAUCUAAAAGAUUAUAAAUACACAGGCUCCAUAAAAGAUCUUGUUGCACUUUGUGCAGUAUCACACAAGGUGUCACUUCAAAUCAUUUCCUCUGACUAUACAUUGAUUCACAUAAAAACAUGGCUGCAGGAACAAAUGGAGUGUGCAGCAAUAAAAGAAUAUCCUGAUACUUUCAUCUCUUGUAAAUCCGGAAAUCUGAACGGCACUGUCUUCAGGUGGAAUCUCAAAACACCAUUCGAAGGAACUUUAACAGUGUUUUACAGACAUAAAACGAUUUUGUUCCAGUGCCUUCAUAACCUCACCGGAUCGUUGCCACCAGCCUGUAAGAUAAAACCACUAAGGGUAGGAAGCAAGAAGGUACUUGCUGAACAGCUUGCACUAACUUUAGAAAAGGAAAUGGUCACUCUCCGGCAAGCUUCCUCCGCAGCGCUAAGCCAACCUGAAAACCGCUUGUCUCUGAUUUAUGAGGAGAGCAAAGAAGCAAGUAGCGUCUCUGCAGUGCAGCAGUUCAGAGAGCAGUUUCAAAGGGAGCAGAAGCAGUGCAUGCUGGGCAUGAACCGAACAGUGGGUGGUGCCCUGUACAGGAGACUCAUUUUGAAUGUAUUUGAAUCGCAGCUGAGUUCUGACACAAUUGCAUGGCAGUGCUCAUUACUCGGCAAACUUCUUUGACUUAUUUCUUAGCCAAAGCUAUAACGCGGCGCACUUCACAUUCCUGUUUAUGAUUAAAUUGAGGAAUCCAUUAGUGCGCUUAUUUCUGUUCAGCAAGUGAUCAAUUGCAAGGGAAUCAUUUUACAACGUUUCAAAGAGCUACAGUGAAAUGCCUGCCUGAGCAAAAAGUAUGGUGGUCAGUAAGCUGCCUUCUGUCAGUAUUCUGUAUUGAGACUCCCCACGCUUGUGCAUCUCUACUUAGAGCAACAGGUUGGGAAAGAGAGACAGAGGCCUUGGUUUGCUGUCACCUGCCUUCUUCUGUUUGGCUCACGCUGCUGUUUCGUGUACCCAACAGAUUUCUAGGAGUCUGUAUUUCACUAUAGCUUCGGAAAAGAUCCUGCAUCAUAAACUCGGCACCCUGAUACAAUGGGAGAGUAAAGAUAGCCAUUGUUUGUUUUUUCACUGAGAAUUGGUUGCGCAGCAGCUUGCUAUCCUAAAUAGGUCACAGAAGUACUGUGGCCAAAAUACUCAACUGAAAAUGAGUUGGCAAGAGGUAUUUCUACAAUUUUUUCAAAACUGCAUCUCAGUACAUUUCUCUUCUCAUGGGUACACGUCUGCUGUUCCGUGAACAAAGAUACCCAGAAUAUAUUUCCAUUAGGUAUCUUUUAAACUUCUAUGCAUACUUGUGCGAGGAAUGUUGCAGACGUUAGCCAACCUGUUGGCACAUCCCAAAGUCAGCCUCUGUUUCAUGCUUUUAUGUUUCCAAAAAGCCUUUCUCCAAUGAUACUUUUCCUUUCCAAUAGCUCCACUACACUCAUUUUUCUUUGGACACUUUUUAAUCUUUUUGUUGUGGUGGAGUAGAAGCUUUCCACUCAUCUUUGCCCAGUUAACAUAAAAUACAUUUGAUUCUCUUGACUACAGUUGGAAAAUGUAAUGCACAACAUACAUUGCAUUUGUGAUUUUACAGACUGAUACUUGAGUUGCUGAGCAACCGAAAGCUAGCAAUGUAGGCAAAUCAGAUUCUUGGGUUUCUAACAAAUGUUAAAUCUUGGUAUGUCUGGAGACAGGCUUUUUUAAAUAUUUGCCUUACUUGUUUACAUGCAUGUUGUAACCUGUUUUUUAAGCUACAGUAACAGGAAACUUGAACAUGCCACCUAUUAAAUAUCAUCAAACUUCCCAAUAAACAUUGUUUAUUCCAUAUUGGGAUUACAGAAUUGUUCUUCAUUUCAUAUAUCGGUGAAACGAAGCAGUUUCCCUGCAGCUGUGCAGAGAGCUGAAAGCUCAUUAAUAAUCUUCAUGUGCUAAACGGUGUUUUUAAUGGGUUUCCAAAUCUCUGCUCAGACCUAUACA